GCGACUCGCGCUACGAAAAUGCUACAAGAAAUACAACUCGUUCAAGGUCAGACGAACUACGUAGUCGUCUCGUCUGGCUACCCUUCAUCAACGCUGUCGAAAGCUCCGGAAAAGCGUAACGUACCUAUCGCCCCGGCGCCUGAAAAGAACUACGUGACACAUGAUACGCCUCCGAACAUGCAGUACAGGAAAAAGGUGCACUUCAGGACGAAUCCUUACACAGGACCGCAGGCGGCGUCGAUCGCGCGUCGCAACGCUCGGGAACGUAAUCGUGUGAAGCAAGUGAAUGAUGGAUUCAACGCGCUCCGCCGUCACCUGCCGGCUUCCGUGGUCGCUGCCCUGUCCGGUGGGGCCAGAAGAGGCUCGGGGAAGAAGCUCAGUAAAGUUGACACAUUAAGAAUGGUGGUGGAAUACAUCAGAUAUCUCCAACAGUUACUUGAAGAAAGUGAUGCAGCGCUAGGUAUCACGCGCGAUCAGGAAAAUAGAGAAAAUAUUCCUAAUUCGAACACGGCACAGCCUAUGACCACGAUGGAUAUGGAUGAUGGAUUCUUCUACGGGAGUAGUUCGCCGUGCUCUGAGAAGGCGGGGUCUCCGGCGCCCUCCGAGUGUUCCUCAGGAGUAUCGUCUGCUUAUUCAGCGGUAGACCGGUACGAGGUCACCACACAGCAACAAAUCGGCCCUAUGGAUGAAGAUGAGCUCCUUGAUGUGAUCUCCUGGUGGCAACAGAAAUAGCAUUAUUGGCGAUUGGAUCAAGUUUGGACGAUUCCCUCCGAGAGAUAUGCAUUAAUAUAUUUUAUUGCAUUUAUUGUGAACACGAAAAGACUCUUUGUUAAUCUAGUCAACCGUAGUGCCUUACGUUUAGAUAUUAAGUUUUUGGACUGAAUUUGAAAGAAACUACUCUCACUUGAGAAAGUUUUCGUUUUAUAUCCAUUUUGGAAUAGU